AUGCAUGAUGUCUUGGUGCCUUGUCAGGCGCUGGCGAGGCCGCGCCACAGCGAUCACGUGCCUCUCACGCAGCUCAAAAACCAGCAGCGAGUGGGGGGCUUCCUGUGCGACUGCCUCAUCGCCAUCGGGGACAUCUACUUCAGGGCGCACAAGGCCGUCCUGGCCGCCUGCAGCUCCUACUUCAGGAUGAUGUUCAUCCGGGACCAGCAGGGGGCGGGGCGCCUGGACCUCAGCAACAUGCAGAUCAGCGCCGAGUGCUUCGACCUCAUCCUGCAGCUCAUGUACCUCGGCCGCAUCGUGGUGGGCAGCUUCGAGUUCGAGGAGCUGAAGGCCUCCAUGGCGUACCUGCAGAUGUACUACAUCCCCGACUCACUGGAGGACCUCCGAGACAUCAGGAGCUCCAACCCAACCCCGUCUUUUCCGCCCUCCUCGUCCAGUUCCUCUUCUGGCACCACCGCCGGGAAAAUGAUGUUCGGAGUGCGCAUGUACGAGCAGCCACCAGCUGCACAGGAAGUGGAGACCUUACCCAAAGCUGCCAGCAGGCCGGCGGAGGAGGUGGCUAACGCUCCUCUGAAGGUGGCUAACGCUCCUCUGAAGGUGGCUAACGCUCCUCUGAAGGUGGCUAACGCUCCUCUGAAGAUGGCUAACGCUCCUCUGAAGAUGGCUAACGCUCCUCUGAAGAUGGCUAACGCUCCUCUGAAGCUGGCGCCGCCGCUGGGGGACGGAGCAGCCGAUCAGCCAUGUGACUUGAGGAAGAGGCCCGGCGGCAGGAGUUCGGCUCUCAAAGACCGCCCUCGGUUCGGCCGCACUUACACCUGCGACGACUGUGGCUUUGUCUUCAGCUGCGAGAAACUUCUGAUCGAGCACAUCCUGACCUGCACCAACCGGAAGGCCUUCAGUCAGCCGAGAGGCAACGUGGAGGGGGAGGCAGAGAGCUCCGCCUCCGAGAGCACUGAGGAACACAGGCUCGUCUGUAAAGGCGAGGACGACUGGUCCGACUCCGCCCUCAGGUCUGUGGCAGCCGGCACCGACGGAGAGCCCAGCUCCACCAGGACGCUCUCUAUCAAGACCGAACCGGAGGAUGGCGCGUUCCCUGAGAUACAGAUGGUCCGGGUCGGUGAGCACGCCACCAGAAGCCGUAGAUCACGGCUCAGUGACGCGGCACGAAACAACCUGCAGGGUGAGAAAGCAGCCUCCGACUGCGACCCCGAGCCCGGCGUCUCAGGCGAGCCUUAUGAAGGCCACAUGUCGGGCAGCGAAGAGUCGGGAGUCCCUCCAAAGCUCCGCAAGCUGAAAGACGAGAAGCAGGACGGGGACGGGGCACCCUGUGAGCUCUGCGGCACUCUGUUAACGGGCGAGGACAAGUCCGCCCACUACCUGUCCAACCACAUGGGUCACAUCUGCGCCUGCGGGAGGUGUGGCCAGGUGCUGAUCAAAGGCCGGCAGCUGCAGGAGCACGCAGAGCGCUGCGGCGAGUCCCUGGGCGGAGAGUCGGAGGACGAGGCGUCGCUGCCGGAGGAGCCGCAGGGGAUGGAGGUGGAGGCAGCCGACCUGGCCUGCCCUCACUGCGGGAAGCUGUUCCAGAGCGAGGGCCUGGCGCUGGACCACGCCCUGUCCUGCCACGAGCAGGAACAGCUCCGCCCCGUGCUGCUGGAGGAGGGCGAACCGGAUCACCGCCGCAAACACUUCUGCAGCAUCUGCGGCAAGGGCUUCUUCCAGCGCUGCCACCUGCGGGAGCAUUACACCGUGCACACCAAAGAGAAGCAGUUCACCUGCCAGACCUGCGGGAAGCAGUUCCUGCGGGAGCGCCAGCUGCGCCUGCACACCGACAUGCACAAAGGCAUGGCGCGCUACGUGUGCCCCGUCUGUGACCAGGGCACCUUCCUCAAACACGACCACGUCCGACACAUGAUCUCCCACCUGUCCGCCGGGGAGACCAUCUGCCAGGUGUGCUUCCAGAUCUUCCCCGGCGGAGAGCAGCUGGAGAAGCACAUGGACGUCCACCUGUACAUCUGCGGCGUCUGCGGGGAGAAGUUCCGCCUCCGGAAGGACAUGCGCAGCCACUACAACUCCAAGCACACCAAGAGACUAUAGGACAUGCGCAGCCACUACAACUCCAAGCACACCAAGAGACUAUAGAUACUCAAGAAGCCAUAUGUGGGAGAACCAAUGAACUCCAACACCAAAAAGAAACUUGCACUUUGAGAGAACCUGAGCAGCUGCAGCCGGUCAGGACUUCCUUGGGUCCCUGGUCCUGAGGAGAGACACUUUAGGAACUGCUGCAGGUCUCUCCACAGCUCGCCCGCCUUACUGGACCUUUACUCCUGAUAUUUAAUACUGGAGCUGCGGUUCUGUCCAAAAGCCCAAAGAGAUGAAGCCUCCUCACCGCAGGAGAGCCCUCCAUGAAACCAGCUCAUCACGUCACGUCUGAAGUGCUGGACUAUAAAUGUAUAUGAACCGGUUGUUGGGGGGGGGUUCACCUGAUGCUCCGUCAGCAUCCUGAUCACCAUAUGAGUCUGUCUGUAGAACCUGGACAUGUAGAGACCCCAAAGUGUUCUGAUAGAGAUGUAGAGUAGGGUCUCCAGCACAUAGAGACUGCUGGAUGCUAACCUGCAGAUGCUGGGACAUUAGCACAGUUAGCAUAUUAGAAAUGUCUUGAUGUCCUCAACAUGUCCGGGUCUCACUGCUGUGGGCGGACUGAGGUCUGGUCCGGGUCCUGCAUACGCUCCAGGUCUGACAGGUGUGUCUUCAUCAGGUUUUAUAUGCACACACAUCUGGCUGUGUGUGGGACCCCAGGGGGUGAGGGUCUCCGUGUGGACAGAGUCAGGUAACACACUGUGACGAUUCGCACCGCGCGAGUUGGUCCGUCAUAAACGUAUAAAGUCUAUCUUUAAAAAGUGUGUUGGUUUAUGAUCACGUGUGAUCAUGUGUGUGUGAUCACGUGUGUGUGAUCACGUGUGUGUGAUCACGUGUG